CAGUUGAAGCGAAAUGUCGCACUUAUUUUGGCUUGCCAAUUUAAAUAUCAGUGAGCAUAUAGGUACACAUCUUAUACAUUAGACACAAUUUAACUUUAAGAAGCGAACAGCUCGAUUCACAUUAGUAUUCGUUAGAUUAAAAGGCAGACAGCCAGACUUGACGGAAGUCUCGUGCGGUUAGAGACGUAAAAAUUUACAAGACAACUUCGCGCCAAAUGUUUAGUGAAUCGUUUUAAAAUUAAACAGUGAAAAGAACUCAAUUACAAACUCAUAUUUAGGUGUAAAAAAGUAAUAAUUUGUGGCCCAAAUGGAUUCGUGGGGAAUAUUGAAUGUAGACUCUCUUGCCAUCAACAGAGAUGAUAUGCAAUCGUCGAGUUUUCGGAGGAAACAGCUGACUAUAGAAAAGUUACCUGACAAAGUGCUAUUGAAUAUUUUCUCGUACUUGUCACAUCGAGAAAUAUGUCGUAUGGCUAUGGUAUGUAAAAGAUGGCGUAUGGUCGCUUACGAUACAAAAUUGUGGACGCAUGUCAGUUUGAGACCAGAAAUUUCGGGAUUGCAUGUUGGGUCCUUGGAAUCACUUCUGGCGCUAAUUUCAAUAAGAUUCGGCCCGUCGCUGCGCUAUAUUGAGCUACCGAUUGAGUUGAUAACGCACACUGUCCUCCACGAAUUAGCAGCUAAAUGCCCUAAUUUGACCCACAUGCUGUUAGAUUUUAGUACCGCCAUGCAACUGCACGACUUCUCUGAGAUGCAGGCGUUCCCAACCAAACUAAAGUACUUGUGCAUCUGUCUUUCGGAAGUCAUUUUCAUGGAGGGCUUCAUGCGCAAAAUUUACAACUUUAUCAAUGGCCUUGAAAUUUUGCACUUAAUUGGCACAUACGAGAAGAUUGAAGAAGAAGAAGAGGAGAUCUACGAAGUAAUCAACGUGCAUAAACUCAAAUCAGCUACGCCGAACUUAAGAGUAAUCAAUUUGUAUGGAAUCAAUUUCGUUGACGACUCCCACAUUGACGCUUUCAGCUCUAAUUGUAUUCAGCUGGAAUGUCUAGCGGUGAACUACUGCAACAAAGUAACAGGUUCUACGAUGAAAACUCUGUUCCAGCGUUCACGAAGACUUACCUGCCUGCUUAUGAACGGAUGCAGUCUCCAAUCAGAACAUGUAAUGCAAGUCGAGUGGGAGAAGUCUUCCAUCCAAGAGCUUGACGUUACAGCUACAGAUCUUUCUACAGAGUGUCUCAUUGACAUGCUGACUAGGAUUCAAAACUUGCGUUUCUUGAGCGCUGGACAAAUCAAUGGAUUUAACGAUUCUGUGUUAAAAGCGUGGAUGGAAGCUGGCACAGCUAGGAAUUUAGUAGCUCUGGACGUGGAUUCUUCAGAUAAUCUCUCGGAUGAGGCAUUGCACAGGUUCUUAUCACGACAUGGUGCCCAGCUGUGGGGAGUUGUACUCAGCGGCAUGCCACAUAUUACUGAUCAGCUUUGGCAGAGUGUGUUGCAGUUACUGGUCAAUUCCAAAAUUUUGAUCAUGGGUACUCAGGAGCGCUUGGGUGUUAACAUUCACGUCGACCAGUUGAUGGAUGGCAUUGCAAAUCAUUGUCCAAAUCUGGAGCGACUGGAGCUGCGCUGGGACCCUGAGAAUUUGCGCUUCAGCGACAAGAGUCAGAAAGCAAUCGACAUUUUGCGUGUCAAAUGUUUGAAACUCAAGUGUCUCGUGCUCAGCGAUGGUCGUUACUACGAGAUCGUUAAGGCGAAUUUCGAACGUGCCGACCGCACCACUGUAGUUCGCACUUCAACCAACUGUCGCGUGUCUAACUAUUACUUGCUCUCCAAUUACAAGGACCUCAUAUUUAAUUGAAAUUUUUUAAUUAAAUAUGACCUGACUGUACUUCGCUUAACUUUGUACCGGCUCGAAGGACCACUUUGUAAGGGUCCUUUUCCGUUAAGCAAAUUUUGACUCCGUAUGCCGAUUAGUUUACUGGGAACAGCCGAACUAGGAGACGAAUCCUAAUGUCUUUAUUACUUGUCCAAGUGUUACUCUUAUAAUACAUCUCGCGUCCAUUCUGUGAAACUACCCUACGAAAAUCAAUGAAACGCCGGUAAUUAAGGAGCUAAAGCAGCUUAACAGGAAACGGACUCUGGUUAAACAAAGAUGAGAUAAGUUUAAUUCAAUAAAAUACAAACUGGGGGUAAAGAGAAAUAACUUGGUUUAUAUGGGUAGAUAACGUAUAUUUUAUCAGUAUUGAAAUAACCCAUGAGACAUUAACAGAUAAUUUAUUUUCUUUCAGUUAUUACUUUUACAGAUUUGUCACCACAGGUAUAAAAAAGGUGGUUUACUAAUGGGAUAGUUCGUAAUUGUACUGGUCCAAUAUUUAUUAUACAAAAAUUAGUACCUUCACAACUCAUACCACGAUUAUUUUGAGAUAAUAAUUCGCCCUAGUCGAAAUAUUUUUUAAGUGCAGGUUAACUUUUACUUACACUCUUGGAUCCCUAUUUUUGUUAUAAAUUUUCUAGCUAUGAUUCAUUGUUACCUAACUUUUAUGUUUUACUAAUAUUGUUAAUAAAAAUGUUGAUACUGCCAUUAUACGUGUUUGUUUAUGUAAAUAAAUCGUUGACAAAAUUCUAGUGACUUUAUAAUAAGAUUUUCCAUUUGAUCACAGUA